AUAAAAAAUAUAUAAAAGAGACAUGGCAGAUACAACAAUGCACAGUCUAACAAGAAGAUAUAAUCGAAUUCAAACUGUCGUGAGUCAUACAUCAGAAGUUACACCAUGUGGAAAGUUUUACUUUUAGCCAUUAUGGCUUGCCUAAUUCUAGCUGAUACAGGUUCAGCUACUAAAAGCAAGGAUUCCGGGGAUUCUACUGAAGCCAAAGGAGGAAAAGAUUUACAAGCGAGAGCUGCAGAAGCAUAUAAAAAACUUGUGGAAUCUGGCAAAUUUGGCAAAGGAGGGAAAGAAUUACAAGCGAAAGCUGUAGCAGGAUAUAAAAAGCUAAAGGAAUCUGGCAAACUUGCCAAAGGAGGAAAAGAAUUACAAGCGAAAGCUGUAGAAAGAUAUAGAAAACUGAAGGAAUCUGGCAAACUUGCCAAAGGAGGAAAAGAAUUUCAAGCGAAAGCUGCAGCAGGAUAUAAAAAACUGAAGGAAUCUGGCAGACUUGCCAAAGGAAGAAAAGAUUUACAAGCGAAAGCUGCAGCAGGAUAUAAAAAACUUAAGGAAUCUGGCAAACUUGCCAGCGGAGGAAAAGCAUUACGAGCGAAAGCUGUAACAGGAUAUAAAAAACUGAAGGCAUCUGGCAAACUUGGCAAAGGAGGAAAAGAUUUACGAGAGAAAGCUAAACAACUUAUGAAAUCUGGGAAACUUCGAAAUCUCGCCAAACGAGCAAAAGAUGCUUCUAAAAAACGAAAAGGAGGCGAAGGGGGAAAAGGUCAUUAAAAUGCCACUUUUACCUAUUAACUUUGCGCCUUAAUGUGUGGAGUGAAUAAAAUUUCAAGCUCCAGAUAGUGCGUCUACCAACGUAUCAACAUAGAUAUAUACGUGCAUCAAGCGCAUUUGGCCAAACGUCCAGGAUAAUUAUGUAUGGAACUACAUUUUAAAAAUAUAUGAGCAGAAUACAGUA